AUGAUUGACGUCUCAUCACGUUUAUUCAUCGCUAUCGUGUUGUCGCUGUCGACGCUGGUGUUGACGUCGGAGACCGAAGGAACAUGUCAGACUGUAUUUUACAGAAAAAUCUCCGAUGGAAACGCAGCUCUGCAUUUCGAGAAUGUCAUCUCAAGUUACAGUGAGAAUUCUGUCGUCGAUUGCUCGUUGCGUUGUCUUAGAAACACGGUUUGCACUGGGUUUAGUUACAGACUGAGAAAUGACGAGCACAUGAAAAACUGCCAACUAAGUGGAUAUUUGAGUGAAUUGCUGACAGGUGAUGAUGCUGUCGGUGAAUGGAGCUAUUACUCCAUUGUUGAUGAACCCAAACAUAAUUCUGCCGCUCCUACUGAUAGUACGAAUGAACAAGUCACAGAACCACCCAAGAUAACAACUGAGGAGAAUUUUUACAAUAAUCAAAACAGCAAAAAACGCUAA